AUGUCGUCGGACCAGAGCCCGCGCGACCUCCCCAAGCCCAAGCAGCGCCGCAUCUCGCGGGCCUGCGACUACUGCCACCGCCGCAGCAUCCGCUGCCGCCCGGCCGAGGACGGCUCCGGCUGCCAGAACUGCAGAGACUUUGCCCAGACGUGCACUUACCACCGCAAGCCGCGUCGCCGAGGCGUCCCCGCCCGCGGCAGUGCGGGACCAGCGGCCAAUCGACAUGCCGUCGAGGGCGUGCCUGAUGCCGAGUCGUCGCGAUCGCCCUCGCAGGGAGGCGACCUGCGCAUCAUCCCCGAGAUCCAGCAUCCGGGGCCCAAUGCCAACCCCUCGCCGCAGUCGUCCGUCGCCGCCGCCUGGCGCGCGCCCUACAUUGUCAGCCAGGCGACGGUCGUCGACCUCGUCGAGCUGUACUUUGAGAUGGUCUACCCCAUCUUCCCCUUCUUCCACCAGCCCUCCUUCACCCGCAAGAUCUCGCGGGCCGAGUACAACACCAACCAGCCGCUCUUCGCCACCACCAUGGCCGUCUGCGCCCUGGUGGGCGGCCGUGUGCGGGAUGGCUCCGUCAUGAACCCGCGGUGGGACGUCCGGGCGCUGCAGAGGGAGACGCUGCCGGACACGUUCUACGCCGAGGCCAGGAGGCAGCUGCUGGAGUUUAGCGUCGAAAGCUCCGACUUCAACAUCCUCCGUGCCCACGCCAUCGUGGCCAUUGCGGCCAUCCAGAACGGCAAGGUCCGGGACAUGCAUUACCAUCUCGGCAUCUACCACACCCUCAUGGCCAUGGACGGCCUGCAUGACGAGUCAAACUGGCCCUCUGGCAUCGGCAUCAUCGAGAGGGAGGAGAGGAGAAGAAUGUUUUGGUCGAUCUAUACCCUGGACAUCUUCACUUCUGUGGUCUGGAGCGGUGUCAUCCGCUCGCGCGAGCAGCAGGCAAAUGUCGCCUACCCAGCCGAAGUGGAUGACCAGUACAUCAGCGACGGGGGCAUUGCGCGCCCAGGCCUCUCGCCUAGCGGGCUGAGUCCCCCCAUUGCUCGCCUCGUCCUGACCGCGCAGUCCGACUGCUGGCUGUCCGGCUGGAACUUCAUCACCGAUCUCUACAGAGUGCUGGAGCAUGCCCUAGCGCGCUUCAGGGAGCGGCGGAGGUCAUUCAUGUCGGAGAUCAUCGACGACCAGUCCACGGUGACUGGCACGUCCGUCCGCGACAAGGUGCUCCGCAUGUACCUGAAUCUUCCCGAUUGCUUCAAGAACACGCCCAAGAUGACGUUCAACCAGAAGCAAGACCUUUUCGGCUUCCAGGCGGCCAACAUCACCGCCAGCCUUCAGCUUCUCCGCAUCACACUGUUUGCUGCUGGAGGGGCAAGCAUCGCGGAACGCUGCGACAUCGCCGCCGACGUGGUGGAUGCGUUCAACUCCAUUCCGGUGCAAUACUGCUUGACCAUCAGCAAGCCGCUGCUGCACCACCUGGGAGGCAUAGGCGCCAUCCUCGGUUCCGUAUUUGAAGAGCCUCUCAGCGAGGCCGAGUACAGCCGGGUGAGGUCCGUCAUGCUGGCCAUGGCCAGGCUUCUCGAGAACCUCGAGACGAUACACCGGAGCUCGAGUGCGAGCGACAAGCUGCGUUCCCAGGUAGCCCGCAUUGACGAGUACAUGUCUGCCCAGCGGCAACAGUCAAGACCACCCCCCGAAGAGGCGCCGGUGAGCACUACGGUGCAGCAAGUGGUGCCAGUUGACGGUGCCAGGGGUUCCGCGCAUGCCUAUGAGCAGCCCCCAGUCAACUCGGAAAUGGCGGGCGACUGGUCGUUCCAGGUGCCCCCCGACGUGUUAGGCGACCUGACGUGGAAUUUCGAUUUUGGUUCAGUAUGGACCUGA